AUGGGGGGAUCCAAGAGCAAGCCCAAGGAUGUGGGCCAGCGGACCCGGAGUCUGGACGGUAAUCUGAGUUCUGCGGGAGGAGCCAGCAGUCACCACAUCGGUUCUGCUCAGCAGUUCCAAACGCCCAACCGUAGCCCCACCGUGGAGGCGGGAUUCAGUAGCAAUCAGUCACUGGCCAAUAAUGCGGAACUGGCGCUGUUUGGCGGCGUGGACAACAACACUGUGACCUCAUCUAGCAGAACAACUCUCACAGGUGGUGUGACAACAUUUGUGGCAUUGUAUGACUAUGAGUCUCGAACAGCCUCAGAUCUGUCCUUCAGGAAAGGCGAGCGCCUGCAGAUUCUCAACAAUACGAGGAAGGUGAACUGCAGAGAGGGCGACUGGUGGAGGGCGCGCUCCCUGGACACUGGAGAGGAUGGUUACAUCCCCAGCAACUACGUGGCUCCAUCAGACUCCAUCCAGGCAGAAGAUGAUCUCACACUGACUCUAGAGUCAAGGUGGUACUUUGGCAAAAUCACACGGCGUGAUUCCGAGAGACUGCUGCUAAGUUUAGAAAACAGAAGAGGGACUUUCCUCGUGAGAGAGAGUGAAACCACUAAAGGCGCCUACUGUCUGUCUGUAUUGGACUACGAUAACACCAAAGGGCUGAACGUUAAACAUUACAAGAUCAGGAAGCUGGACAGCGGAGGCUUCUACAUUACCUCACGCACACAGUUCGGGACCCUGCAGCAGCUGGUCAAUCAUUAUCGCAAGCACGCUGAUGGACUGUGUCACAGUCUGGCAGAUAUUUGUCCUCUACUGAAGCCACAGACUCAGGGCUUGUCCAAGGAUGCCUGGGAGAUCCCAAGAGAGUCCCUCCGUCUCGACCUCAAGCUCGGACAGGGCUGCUUUGGAGAGGUCUGGAUGGGCAGUCUCUUGGAUUUCCUGAAAGGGGACAUGGGGAAGAUGCUCCGCCUCCCUCAACUGGUGGAUAUGGCCUCACAGGUAGGCAACGCUAACGUCAUGUUAUAA